AUGCAUUCUUUCAGGAUCGAGGAUCCCACCCCGUCCAUGAUCCUAAAGCGCGUGGAGGCAAUCUUGCUUAAGGACCUGGUAGUACUGAGCUUCUGGGACAAGUACAGCAAUUCCAUGCUCCCUUUCACUCUCGACAAUAGCACGUGCACGAUCCAGCUCCUCCAGGCCCGUGACCUCGAGAUACGAGUCCAGAAGACGGCCACGGGCAUUACCUUCCUGAUCGACUGCAUUCUUCCCAACCCCGUCAAGAACUUCAUGGCAUACUACACGUACGAGGGCCACAGCUGCUGGGUCUUCCGCGGCGGCGCGCACCUCACUUAUCAAUUUCUCCGCUUCUUCCAGCCCAUGUUUGCCCAGAAAAUGAUCAAGGCCGCGAUGAUCCGCGCGGAGCCCAUCAGCAUCGACUCGUGCGGCUCGGGCUGCUGCGGCAUUCCUCUUGGCCUUGGUAUGCGCGACUUUGCCGGUCUCGUGGCCAAUGUUCAGUGCAUCCUGGUUCUCAACGACGGUGCUGCCGACCUCUUCACUGAGGACGAGACCGCCGCUGGACUUGGAGCUGGCAACGCCUAGCAGUUGAGCAGUGCAAUGCAUUAGGAUGGCGUUUGGUCUACUGUUGACUUCGGGUGCACAUAGAGGGACUUGGAAGAGGGGAGAAGAAAAGACGUUUGGCAUGGAAACUGUCGGACAAUGCGAGUCGUCCCUUUCGUUUGUGGCUAGUCUGGUCGCUCGUGGGGCUUGGUUUUGAGCAGUUGGCCGAGGGACUUGACAUCAUCUCAGUCAUGACACCACACCCCAAUUAGGAACUCGAACUGCUACGCAAUGGAC